GUCGCUCUUCGGCUGAAGAAUAACGUGUUUCGUGCAUCGCUGUGAUGCCGUCGGAUGCGAGCAUCUGGUACAUGUGAGCUGGUUUUGAGACUCUUGUGUACACGUGUAGCCGCCUGUCCCUUGGCUGGAGGAGAGGGAGGAGGAGGGUGCAUCAGGUUCGUGUCCAUUCCUGCACGCUGCAUCUGGACUCCGGCGCCAGGGAGUGUGGGGGGGCACUAGGGCCAGGUGGCUGGCCGAGGGACGACAUGAGCGUUCCGCUCCUGAAAAUUGGCGCGGUGCUCAGCACCAUGGCCAUGGUCACCAACUGGAUGUCCCAGACGCUGCCCUCGCUGGUGGGGCUUAACGGAACCACCAUCUCCCGCGCAGGCACCUCAGAAAGGAUCGUCAGUGCCCUGUAUCCGAGCCCAGAGGAGGGCUGGCAGAUCUACAGCUCGGCACAGGAUGCAGAUGGGAAAUGUAUCUGCACAGUUGUGGCUCCAGCACAGAACAUGUGUAAUCGAGACCCACGCAGCAGACAGCUCCGUCAGCUUAUGGAGAAGGUUCAGAAUAUUACUCAAUCCAUGGAGGUGCUAGAUCUGAGGACAUACAGAGACCUGCAGUAUGUGAGAGACACAGAGAACCUCAUGAAAACAGUGGAUGGCAAACUGAAGACUGCCUCUGAAAAUCCACGCAGCCUCAACCCCAAGAGUUUUCAGGAGUUAAAGGACAAGGUUACUCAGCUGCUUCCCCUGCUGCCAGUGCUGGAGCAGUACAAGGCAGAUGCAAGAAUGAUCCUUCGGCUGAGGGAGGAGGUGAGGAAUCUGUCCCUGGUACUAAUGUCAAUUCAAGAGGAGAUGGGAGCCUAUGACUACGAGGAGCUCAGGCAGCGAGUGCUACUGCUGGAGACUCGCCUGCACUCCUGCAUGCAGAAACUCGGUUGCGGGAAGCUAACUGGCGUCAGUAACCCCAUCACCGUCCGCGCCUCAGGGUCAAGGUUCGGCUCCUGGAUGACUGACACAAUGAUCCCCAACUCCGAUAAUAGGGUAUGGUCAAUGGACGGUUACUUUAAGGGACGCCGUGUGCUGGAGUAUCGCACAAUGAAUGACUUCAUGAAGGGCCAGAACUUUGUGCAGCAUCUCCUGCCCCACCCUUGGGCUGGUACGGGUCACGUGGUGUACAAUGGUUCCCUCUACUACAACAAAUACCAGAGUAACAUAAUCAUCAAGUACCACUUCCGAUCCCGAAGCAUCCUGGUGCAGCGCAGCCUUAGCGGCGCGGGCUACAACAACACCUUUCCCUACUCCUGGGGUGGAUCAUCUGACAUCGACCUCAUGGCCGACGAGAACGGGCUAUGGGCCGUCUACACCACCAUUCCCAAUGCUGGAAUCUCUGUUGGGCCUUUUUUUUAUACAAUGGAGUCAAUGUGA